AUGGAGCAGCGUGGGGUAAAAUUGGGAGGAUGGAGAACAGUUUUCCGGAGGAGGCAUAUUGGUGGCAGAUCAAAUUCAACGGGUGAAGUUCACAACGUUUUUGUUGACAAUCUACCGGACUCAAUGCAUCCAAAAGGGUUAUACGAUUUGUUCACAAACUUUGGGGUAGUCAUCGAUGUCUACAUACCCAGCAAACGGAGGCACUCAACAGGAACCAGGUUCGGCUUUGUUCGGUAUGAUUGCCCGGUAGUAGCUGAAAUGGCAAUCCAAAAAGCACACGACACCUGGUGUGAUGGCAGAGCUUUGAAGGUUAAGCAAACUGAUUUCAAAAAGAAGAAUAUAAGCAAAGUCAAACCACAAGCUGAUGUUCAUCAUCUACCACCAGUGGAAACAGGAAAAAGAUGGAUGAGAGUGGAAGAAAUCAGCACAAAAGGGAAGUCUUAUGCAAAAGUUGUAAUGGGGGGUAAAGUAACAAAUGGGAAAUCUAUCUCAGUGAAUGCUGUGGAGUAUGGAAAUGGCUGGUUGUAUGGCAGUGUGAUAGAAAAACUCUAG